GUGGCAGGUGACCAGUUGGACCCCUAAUCUCACUACAAGAAAGAGACUCUGAUGACCGUCACUGACCCCUGUAGCAUGCCGGAUGUCAUCAAGUGUGGAAACACAGUUCCUCAACGUAGAAUUCACCCAAGAGGAAUACCUACAGCAUGGCAGGAGAUUUUAUGUGUGCAUCCACGCUGAUGAGAAGGAAAUGCCGUUCGAGAAGUGGACGUCCAACCUGACUGAAGUGAACGCUUGUAGUAACGGCAUCACAGUUGACCUCACGCCACCAACACCGGGGACAGUGAACGUCGACGGACUAACAGACGGAUAUUUUCAGAUUAGCAAAACAUAUGUUGCCAUGAAAUGGACAGACUUCACUGAUGUCGAAGAAGAGGGACAUACGCCCCAUCAGCUUGGAAUCUCACAUUAUGAGGUUGCUCUGGGAUCUGUCCCUGGUGGACAAGAUGUGGUCAAGUUCACUAACGUUGGAUCUGUCGACCAUUACACACUCCACAGUCUUCAUCUACAUAGUGGAAAUACAUACUAUGUCUCAGUGAAAGCUACGGAUUUUGUCAACAUGACAACAGCGGCUGUGUCAAAAGGUUUCCUUGUGGACUCCACAGCUCCAGUAUUGACUGGCCAGCUCGUACAGCUAGAGGGACGCUACAUCACAUCACGUGUGGUGCAUGUCUGCUGGACCAACGUGUUCUUAGACGAGGAAAGCGGACUAAAGGAAUACAUGGUUUCCAUGGGUACCAGACCUGCGUACGCUGACGUGUCAGAGAACGUGAUCACUGACCAGGAUUGCUUGGACUUUGACACACUGAACAAUGUUGUGGAUGGACAUUCAUAUUAUUUUUCUCUGAAGGCGUUCAACGGUGCAGGUCUGUACACUCUCUCUUCAUCACGACUUCUGACAGUGGACACCACGCCUCCAUCUACUGGCCACGUCUAUGACGGAGUACAGUCAGCUGCCUCAAAUGAUGACAAAGACAAGGACUAUAUCACCAGUGCCUCAGAGAUGGCAGCCUACUGGGAAGGCUUCGACGAUCCUCAUUCAAAUAUCGCCAUGUACAAGGUCAAGGUCGGGACCUGUGCAGGAUGUGACGACAAACUGGAAGAGAUAGAGUUUGGAAACACAAAAAAACAUCAGCCUCCAGCACAUCCUGCUCUCCCCUGGAGUGAAGUACUUCACCACAGUGACAGCCUGUAG